GGCCGUCAACUCUAUGGCCGUCAACGACAGACGGACCGACGAACGAGGAGGGCUGCGGUUCUGGAUGCCGAGAACGAUGCUUGCUACAACAACGCGACACCAAAUCGGCAUGAGUUAACCGUGGAAGCGACUAGCGCACCCAUCGCGACGGCUCAGCAUGGCUAGUGGCGAAGAAAACUUCCUGCAAAGUCCCCUAGCAGCCUGGGUGAAGACAUUUUACGAUGACGACGGCAAGCCUCUCGACUUCAGGCAACUCUGCGAUGGAGUCUUCUUGCACAACGUCUGGCUCCAGAUCGACACCCAUCCAAUGUUUUCUGGUGUUACGAAUCCGGCUCCCGACAUGACCGCCCGGCUUCGAAACCUCAACAUGCUUGUCCAUAACAUCAAGGUGUUUUAUGAGGAGGUGUUGGAGCAAGUCCUUGUCAUGCACCUGCCCAAUGUUGUCAGCAUUGCAAAGGGAACUUAUGAUGAGGGGAGCGAGCAGGAGCUGAGUCGUCUGCUGCUGCUGAUGCUGGGCUGCGCGGUGCAAUGUGGCCGCAAGGGCCGCUUCAUCGAGGCGAUCCGGCGGCUCGACCUGGCUACGCAGGCCUCCCUGGCCGAAGCCAUAGCCUCGGUCACGGACAACCCGGAGGCGGUCUGGACCAGGGACUGGGGUCGGCUCGAGGCACUCCCGGACUGCGACCGGGCGCGCAUGUACACCACCCUUGUGCGCCACGUUGCCGCCCUCGCCAGGCAGCGGGACGCUGCUGCGCAGCGGCUGGUCAAUUUGACGCUAGAGCAAGAGUCGUGCGGCACGAGCGCUUCGGAUGUGACGGGCGACCAGUUGUCAAGCGGGGGCGGAGAGGGCGCCCCCUACCAAGCGGUGGACUCUCGGCUCGGCGUGGAGUUGGCAGACGCCAAGGCCAAGCUGCGUCGCUGCCAGCAGGAACUCGAGGAGAAGUUGGAGGUUGCUUCGGAACAGAAGGAGGAACUGCACCAGCUCAAGGAGGCCAUUGCCCGUCUCCGGCAAGAGAACCUGGAGCUGGUGCAAGACGCCCGGACUGCCAAAGCGUACCGAGACGAGAUAGACAUCCUGAAAGAGAAGGUGUUGAAGCUGGACCGGCUGGAGAGCGAGAUCCAGCGCUACAAAGACAAGAUGAGUGAGCUCGAGUUCUUCCGCAGUCGCGUGGAGGAACUGCGGGAGGACAAGCGGAUCCUCGGAGAGACCAAGGCCAUGCUGGAAGAACAGCUCGAGGGGAGCCGGCGGCGAGCCGAGCACGCCUUGCAGCUCGAAGCCCAGCUGCUGAAGACGCGAGCUCGGCUCAGCGAGUGCACUCUCGAGCGCGACUUGGACCGCAGCCAGGUGCAGAAACUACUGGAGCAGAACUCCCAGCUGCGACUUGACCACCAGGCCAGCCUGGAGGAGUCGGCCCAGCUCCAAUCCGAGCUCCAGCGACUGCGUUCGCAGGCCGCCUCACCCCGGACAGAGAACAGCCUGCUCGAGCAGCUCAACACGGAUGCCGAGACGAGGGUGCUCCAGCUGGAGUUGGAGAACCGGAGGCUCCAGGUGUCUCUUGACGAACUCAGGGCUAAGGUGGAAGAAAGUCCAACCAAGGAGGACUUACAAGCACAGUGUGCAGUGGCUAACGAGCGCCUGGAGCGGCUAGAGGAGAAGAGGGCAGCCUUGGAGCAACAGUACGAGGCACAGCUCCGGCGGGCGGCCGAACUCGAAUCCGCCAACACUGAACUUGAACGCCAGCUAGAUUCCUGCAAGGGCGACUCUGCUCGUCUGGAGGAGUUGGAAAAGACCGUCCAGUCCUCUUCGCUGGAGUCACAGCGACUUCAGCGAGCUCUGGAUGCCUCGCAGGGCCGCCUCUCUGAGUGCAGGGCAGAACUUCAGGCUUCCGAGGCGGAGAGUGCCAAGCUGCAGUCCACGCUGGAGUCCUUGCGGGGUCAGCUUCAGCGUCUGCACAGCCUGGAGUUGGAAGGUGCUGACCUGGAAGCGUGGCUGCACCGUGCCGAGCAGGAGCGGAAGGGCCUGGAACGGGAGUCAGCCCGACUCCGGGUCACACUACAGGCCAAAGACGUUUCUCUAGACGAGCUCUCAUCACGUGUGUCGCUCCUGGAGCGCGAAAACGAGCAGCUGCGAAAGGAUGUUCAGGCGCAAGCUCCAACCGCUGCCCGGGCACGAGAGUUGGAGCAGCUCUGCCAAGAACUGACUCAGAAAGGAAGCCUGGACAGCAAAGCCCUCACCGAUCUGCGUCAGGAGCUUGUGGAAGAAAAGCUUCGGAGUGAUCAACUCACCGGUGAACUUGAGCGCAUCGCCUCUAGCUUGGAGCUGACCACAAGCCUGUGGAAAAGUGAGCGAGAAAGCAGUCGAGAAACGCAGAUGCCUUCUCGGGACACUGGAUUCCUGCCAUUGCUUUGCCUGGAGAAAACCAAAGCCGUCCUGGACGAGAUUGAAAACCUGUCUGCAGUGAGUGCAGAGGAAAAGCGAAGCAAGGCGGACCGCGAGGCACUUCUGCCCAAGAGCACCGAACUCAUCGAGUGCAUGCCGGAGGCUCCGGAAGGUGUGGACAGGGACAAGCUGAUCUCUCGGAAGGUGUUGGAGCUUAAGGACAACAUCCUGACCCUGGAGAAAAAGAACGGCGUCUUCGAAGAGGAGAACUGGCGCCUCCGCAGCCAACUCCAGGCGCUGCAGGAGCACACGGCGUCACUUCAAGGGCGCGCGACGAGCGGGGAGCAGCGGCGCCUCUCGCUUCAGUCUCAGCACGCGCAGCUCCAGGUGGAGGCGGCCUGCCUCGGGUCGCAGCAUGCGGCCCUGCAGCAGUCGGCCUCCCAGCUUCAGGAGCGGCUCGGCAGGAUAGAGGCGCAGAAGGAUCAGCUGAGCAGCGAAAAGAGCGAGCUCGAGCACAGCCGGGAGGCCCUGGUGCGAGACCACCAGGUGCUGGAGAAGCUUCACGAGCAGCUGUCGGCAGACUACCAGGCCCUGGCCUCCAACCUGAGCUGCGUCAAGGCCUCCUGCAAGCUGCUCAAGCAGGAGAACACCGCCCUCAAGGAGCAGCUCGAAGAAGCGACGCUCGCCGGCGAAGUUCUGCGGCUUGCCCAUGACGACCCGCAGGGCACAAACCUGCGCGCCGAGAACGCCAAGUUAAAGGAGGAAGCAAGUGCGUUGCGCCAGGCGGAAGAGCGGACCCGUGCAGAACUGGACUCCCUGCGCGCCCAGCACCGGGCCCUCAAGGACUCUCACAGCAGUCUGCGCAUGGACCAUUCCCGGCUUAGGGGAGACCUGGAGGAGAGCAGGGGUGAUCUCGCCACCGCAAGGCUCGACCUCUCGCGACUGGUGGCCAGCUACGAGGUCCUUUCCCAGGCGCAGGGGACGAUGCAGGAGGAGCGGCAGCGCCUGCUGUCGGGCCUCUCCUCCCUCCUGCGCCUCUACCGGGGCCGUCUGCCCGAGCCGUCCUCCUCGCCGGGCUUCCAGGAGGAGUGCCUGCUGCUCCGAGACCUGGAGGCCGCACGGGACGACCUCGAGAGCUGCCUGCGGGACUACGCUCGCAAGCUGGACGGGAGUCUUUCUCUAUGCAAGGAGCCCUUAGCAAGGGCUAGGCUGAGUCAUCUUACCUGCAACGUAACUGAGAUGGAGGAGGUGCUGGGGGUCUCUCUGGCCGGGAUCGGCAAUGGCCUCUGCGCUCGCGGACGCUUCCCGACGGACUUCGGCGAGCUGAAUGGUCGCCCUUGGGGCGGGUGUGGUGCCCUUCCUGGCGCAGGGGCACUGUCCCAGGACGACCAGAUCCCGGUGCGUGACGUGGGACCCCUGUCGCAGCCGUGCCCCGUGACGCCGGCCCUCGAGGGCUCCAAGCUGCCCGAGUCGCUCGUGUUCAGGGACCCUCCCCCGACCUGUUCGACGCCCCUGGGCACCCCAAAGCAGCGGCAGAGCCCGCCUCCGCGGCCCCACGUGACGGUGGAGAACCACACGACUGUGAACCUGGUGACGCACCUCAACACCACCGAGCCCGCCGUGCCCUCCUCGUCCGGCUUCUCGCGCAGUCCCGCCGCCCGGCACUCCAUGUACUCCCGCCUCCGCACGGGGGUGGCCAACUCCCCAGGGCUGAGGGCGCCCCUGCGUCUGUGCGCAUCGCAAGAGAAACUGCUGCUUGACGACUGUGCGACGGACGCGGAGCCUCCGCCGGGCGCCGCGGAGCCCGCCGCACCGCAGGCGGGCGGGAGAGAGAAGCGCGCCAACGCGGUGUGGUACGAGUACGGUUGCGUCUGAGUCCCGUCUGCUAAGUUCGCGCUGCGGUGCUUGGAGCACGUCCUCGUCAGCGGUUCCUCGACUUCGUUAUAGGAGCGGUCUCGACAACGGUGGAGCGGCGGGCGUGAACGGAACGAAUGCCCGUUCUGCUGUCGGUCGCUCUGCUGCCGCACGGUCGACAGAAACUGAAGCAGACGCGAGACGGGACGCCAUGACAACGGUGACCCUCUCGCAUUUGCAAGUCUUUUUCGCUGGCCUUUCCACAACCGACUUCGCGAUGUCUGACGGCACGACGCGCCAGUUCUUGUGACGUAAUUUGCCGCUUCGGGACCGCCAUUGACGAGCUGGAGGUUUACGUCGCCGAACAUGCCGGUCGAAGGCUCGUUCCGGGCACCGUGGUUAGCGAAGAAGGGUCGGUUUGCAUUUCUGCUUCUGGAUGGGUGGGGGACGGGGAAGGGGGGCCUUGCCUUAUUUAUUGCCCAGCGCAUCCUUUCGCAGGAUGCGGCGGCUCUGACAUGUUGUGAUAUUUUUUGCUUUUCUUUCUCGUCUAUGUGUGCCUUUCUUUUUUUUUUAGAUGCGUUUCUUAGGCAGCUUGGGAAUGGUUUCGUUUUGGCAUCGAAUCCCAGAGUUUGGAGAGGCCAUUUAGGGCGUCCCGUUCGUUGCAGAAACGUCGCGCUCGGUCUUUCCUGCCUCAAUCUUUUGGUGCAGCGAGAUUGGGAAGGGAGACUGCACGUGGGUAGGCGUCUCACUGCGGUUCCCGUGCCAGGCGGUUGGGGGCUUUGGUGGUUGGCUCAGUUCACGACGCGGGACGAAGCUUUCGGGCUCUUUGCUGGCUGGUGACGCAUCGUUUUCUUGGGCCCUAGGUUGAAGUAGAACAUCAAAGAUCUUUGUGUGUAGCACUGUUUUUUUUUUCUUUUUAUUGCUCACGUGUGUGUUUUGUUUUUCUGUUGCGAAUGCGCGCUAUGCAAUGCUUAUUGGUGCUAGAUCUAGAAUUCGAUUGUUGUUACGUGGUGAGCAUGCUUUUCCAUCAAGCUGGAGGCAAUAUUUUUAGCUUCUUUUCUUUUCUUGCUUUGGAAGGGCCUCACCAGCUUGACAUGCCUUCUGUGCGGUAAGGCAGCUUUACUUUUCACAGGGUGUGUUCCAGAAAUUCUAUUUGUCCAUUUUGUUUUUAGAGGCACAGUGCGUUUGCACAUGCCCUUGGAAAGUGAGGUUGACUCUUACCUUCCAUUAUACGGUCACACUCACGAAACGACUUGCUGUAGCAGUGUGAAGCAGGACAUUGUCACGUGCGCACAUGUCGGCAUGCAGGUGUUGAUGUAACCGAAGCACGGUUUGUUUCAAGCACAUUGAUUUCACGUACGGUCACAGACAAAAAGAAGCUGUAGUGUGCCAACGCGUCUUCCCUGCUUGUUGGUAUGGAGUGGUUUUGUUUCAUUUUCAUUUAUUGUGGUUAGGAAGCACCGACAUUUGUCUGAGGGACCUCCUACAUGCUUUCUCUAAACCCAUUCACAUGUGCAUGCCACCUCUAAAUUCUGCUAAGAUGUCCAACUAAGUGCAGUUGUGUGUUCGACGUUUCUUUGUCCGCAACUGCACGGCUCAAACUGCGCUCUACCACCAGAGCGCAGGCUUGAUCUUGGUGAUGACAAAACUGGUGUCUGUCAGCCUAGAGGACAUGCUUAGGUAUGCUCAAGGUGUUUUUCAGCAUACCUGUGUGCAAAACUCAGUGCAACUGUCCUACAACAAAUUCAUGCAUGGAAGGAAUAAGCCUGGUGUAGGCAGCUUGAAGUGUGAUUAGCGGUGUAGUUAUGGAGGUGCUAGAGUUUUUCUGGCACAUCCUUAACUCUAAUAAUACCCUUUUGAAGCCACCGUGUGUACACAUCUUUAACUGUGUUGCUCGUGUGAGCUGGUCUGGCCGCCGGUUCGUGACUCCCUGUUUCUUGAACGUUCCGUGAGCUUUUGACGAAACGCAAGAACGUUGCAGCAGCCCGUAGACAAGUCGAACAAUGCAAGAAAGAUCAAAACCAAAAUUGCGGAGCAGUGUCCCAACAAAGGGAACUGAUCUAGUUCUACCGGAGUUUGUCUUUAGAGGCACACCACUGCCAUUUUUUUCUCGUAGGUGUCCAACUUUUGUCGGCCUGUCCCGAAAGAAAACUGUUCUUGGUGUGCUUGCAAAUGUCUGGCGGUCUGCCCUCUUUUAGCGUAGACUACUGCUUGUUAUACACAGCACGUCGGCUUCUAGACGGUUGUACUUAUUACCGACCCGAAGGUUGUGUUGCUUGACGUGGCGUCGCGUCGCAUUGCAUCGUUUGACAUCCUGUCGACACAGUCUGGCUUUGUUGAUGGUAUUUUGAACUACUGGCGGCGGUUGUCAAAGGGAAAAGAUGGUUUCGCCUUUGGUUGAGAAGCAAUAAGUCCGCACAUAAGAUGAGACAAAAAUUGAAGCAGUUUUAAUAUCAUCAGUUCGUUUUUUUGUGUUUUUUUUUUGUCAGGCAACACGGCUUUGUUACGAGCGUGCACAUCUUUACGAAAAGUUGUUGUGAAUCAGCACAAUCUUUCGACCAAAACUAUUUUAAUUAUUUAUGAUAGCUGCAUUUAUGUACUGUUUUGUACGGUUUUAUAAAUUUUAUUCUGUAAAUAGAUGUACAGUUUGCCGUAGGACCUGUUUUUAUUGUUGCUUUUCGAUGAGGCCAGAGUUUGCUACUCGAAUGAAACCUGCGUCAUUUCACCGGUCUUUCGUAUAAUUCGCUUGUUUUUGUCAUUUUUUAUACCCGCAUAAUGGGCAUCGUCGUGUACAUCUCAUAUUAUUUGGCAGAUGUUGCCUGUCUGAGGAUUCGCUUACAGAAAAAGGCUUUAUGCACUAUUGUGCCUGUGAGUGGAUGUGUGCAAAUAAAUGGCUUCCAUAGUCCUCA